AUGAGGGAGCAACAUGGCUGCGCCAUUUCAAAGUCUAGGAAAUUUCCAAAACGUCUAAUGACAUUGGAACAUGCAUUUAGUUGGCCGGCAUUCCUGGGACAUGUGCCACGCGGGGGAGGAGGUGGUGGGGUGGUUGGAGGAGGAGGUGGUGGACUCUUUGGUGGAGGGGACGGUGGUGUGAUUGGAGGAGGUGGUGGACUCUUUGGUGGAGGGGACGGUGGUGUUGUUGGAGGAGGUGGUGGACUCUUUGGUGGAGGGGACGGUGGUGUGGUUGGAGGAGGAGGUGGACUCUGUGGUGGUGUAUACGGUGGUGGAAUCUUUGGCGGAGGGGACGGUGGUGUGGUUGGAGGAGGAAGAGGUGGACUCUGUGGUGGAGGGAACGGUGGUGUGAUUGGAGGAGAUGGUGGAGUAUUUGGUGGAGGGGACGGUGGUGUGCUCUUUGGUCCUUUGGAGCUUCAUUAA